UGUUGGCAGUUGCCCAGUUGAGCUCUUGCUGCACAGAGAACAGCAGAUUUCAGGAGAAGAAAUCAGAGGCUUGGAAAAGCUGAAGACUUCAGCCCAGGGACGCAGUUUGAAGGCUGACAGAUGACUGCAAGACAAGACUGAAAUCUCCCACAAAGAUUUCUGGGAAAGCAGCUCAAGCACGGCUCAUGAAAAAGUGUGGAAGAGAGCCCGGAACUUUAGCUGAACAUCUCUAGUCCAUCAGCUGGCUGGAGAACGAUGGGAACAAAUUGACUUCCAUGAGAGUCAUUGAACUUGUGUUGGUGUCUAUCUACAAACAAUUCAGAAUUGCAAACAACUGACCCACAACACUGUUUACUACAGAGUUUAUUACAAACCUGUUGCUUUUGCAAAGCAGGCUUAAUGCAUGCUGGAGGAACUUCAGGGCUUGAAGUAUUGCCCUGGCAGCUGUGUUUAACAGUUGAGUUUCCUUGUUACUUCCUUAAUUCUGACCAAGAGCCCUUCCCCCCACAAGACAUUGUGUGGCUCCACCAACUGACUGUUCUGCGCCAGCCGACAUCAACCAGAAAACUGAUGAAGUUAUCUGAGGCAGUGUGAACUCAUGUGAGCACCCAAGCUACAUGAUUUGGCCAACCAUAGGGGGUGGGAGCAGAACUGAGUUUGUGGCACUUUAUAUUGUGAACCACCACUUGCAGAGAAGGAGGAGAAUGAAGAAGAUGAAGAAGAUCUUGGGACUGGGGAGGAUGAGGAAGGAGCAACAGCGAUCCCCAGCUUGGAGUAGGGCCAUUGCUUCUGCCCCUGCCAUCUGCACCUCUCCCCUUGGCUGUGGCGGUGGCAGCAGCUAUAAGAUGCGAAAGAGGGACCAGGGCAGGCUGCAUCAGGCUGUGGCCAAAGGAGAUCUGGGUGAACUCCAGCGCUUGCUGCAGAAGCAUGACCUCAAUGAGCAGGAUAAAGCUGGCAGAACUCCUUUGCUUCUUGCCUGCAUCAGAGGACACACAGAUAUUGUUACUUUCUUAGUAGACAACAAAUGCCAGCUAAAUAUCUGUGACAGUGAAAGGAGCUCUCCACUAAUGAAGGCUGUGCAACACCAGCAAGAAUUUUGUGCAAUUUACCUGCUUGAGCAUGGAGCUGAUCCUAAUCUUGUGGAUGUGAACAGUAACACUGCCCUCCACUUUGCUGCUUCAGAUUCCAGCACAUCCAUCGCAAAGCAUUUAUUAGAUCAUAAAGCCCACAUUGAAGCACAGAAUAAGGAUGGCAGCACUCCUCUGAUGAUUGCUGUAGCUGAAAAUAAUUGGGAAAUGGUAGAGUUUCUUCUUAAAGAAGGAGCAUCAGUACAUGCCACUGAUAAGUUAGGAAGAACACCCUUAUUGAUUGCUGCCUCCAACAAAAAGCAUGAUUUGACAAAUAUUCUCCUUUCUUAUGGAUCAGAUGUAUCCCAUAAAGAUAACAGUGGGCAGUCAGCACAAGACUAUGUUACUCAUAAUGAUGAUCCUAUUCUUCAAUAUAGAGCUGAAUAUUCCACACAGAAAGAAGAAGCAGAGGAUUCUCCCUCUGAUCAAAAAGUCCUCUCUGUAUUGAGCAGUCCAAACAGAGCAAGAGAUACUGAUAUCACACUAGGUGCAUCUCCUACAAAUCAAGAAGGUACAGAUGUUCAUCAGUCACUCAGCCAGGCAUCAGGAGACUUAGGAAAAGAAACAUGCAUUAAUGACCAUUCUUCUGGAGAUUCACUAAGAGAUUCUGGAGAAACAGACAAUGAUUCCUCGUUUUCUUCAGAAGAAUUAGACUUGAAUCCUAAGAACCCACAGAAACUACGUGUUCCUCAGCUAAAACACAUUUUCCUGAUAAUCAAGAAAUAUUACGGUGAACAAGAAAUUAAUCAGUCAUUGGAAGAAAACAUCAGUGCAGGACUUCAGAAAACCAUUUAUCCUACUAAAAAAGAAAAGUAUGAUUCAGAUGAGUCUUCCGUGAGCUACAAAGAAGAAGAAGAAUUUGACAAAGAGGGCAAGGAGGAAGAAGAGGAAGAAGGAGGAGAUGGAAAUAAAGAAGAGAAGGAAGAAGAGGAAGAGGAGGAUUUCAGUAAAGAAACGAGAGACGAAAACAUGAAAGAAAGUCAGGGGAAGAUAGAAAAUGGAGAGGAAGAAUAUUUCGAGAAGGUGGAAAAGAGAGAAAGUUUCACAGAUAAUGAAUGUGAGCAGGAAAGAGAUCUUUCCAGUACUGAUACAGGAGACUGCAAUGCACAAGAUAAAGAAAUUCAGGAAGCAGGUGAGAUGCCUGUGUCUUUUAUUGCCAGGCAUUCUGAAUGUUCAGAUGAAAAUGCAGCUAUUAACAAAGUAAAUUAUGAGCUAUCCAGUGAUUCAUUCGACAAGGAAAACAGUUACAAAUAUGACCAUCAAUUUCUGAAUACAAAUGGCUCCCAAGGCACUGAGAAUAAUAACAUAAUUGCUUAUGAGAAUCAAAAGAGAUUUCACAGAAAUAUUAUUUCUUCAGUGGAUACUUUCGAAAUGACAACAUUAGCAGGGGCUGCACUUCCAUCUGUCGUGAACAGCCAUGCUAACAAGGAUACGGAUUCCGAUUGGAGUUAUUCUACAGAAGAUUAUAACCAUCAGUCAGAUACAGAAUGUGAAGAUCACAAAAUUAUGCAACAAAGUUCUGAGAAUUCUGAUAUUGUGGGUUAUCAAAAUACCAGAGGCAAACAAUGCAUGAAUGCAAAAGAACUGGGAGAAGCCAUAUGUGAACAACUGGUACUCAAAAAUGAAAAUAACAAGGAAGAAGAUCCAAAGGUUUUUCAAUCAGAGCUCAAAGAAGACUCUUCAGAAGAAGUGGAAAAAGGAGAUAACAAAGAAGAAGAUGGAAAAAAUCCAAAUGUUGUGGAUAAAAAAAUGAUUUCGUAUAGAAGCUCUCAACAUCAGAUUUUCUUGCAAGAUGACAUUGUUAGAAAGGGAAUGGAUGAAGAGGAGGAGGAGGAAAAGGACACCGAAUCUCCUUGUAUUUCAGAGAAGACUUCAGAAAGCCCCCAAAAGCCAGCUAUGGGUUCCUUACCAGCAUCUCCUGCCACAAUUAAAACACCAGGGCACAGUAUUACAGAAGAGAUAAGUGGUCGGAGCUCAGAGAAGAUAAAGUUUAAGGAAAAAGGAGAUGAAGAGUUGGAAGCAAAAAAAGAAGCCAAUAUUGAAAAAAUGUUGACUGCAAAUGUUGAACAGAAAAUAGAACAAAAGCUGCCAGUGCAACAUAAUGAAGCAGAAGAUGAAAUGGAAGGUGCAAUAGUGGAAGAACGCCAAGUAACAAACCUAAUUUCUUCAUCAUACAGAGAGGUGCUUCUUCCAAUUUCUCAAAAAGGUCUGACUACCAGUGUAACAGAAAUAAGAAAAAGUGAAAAUAUGCAUCAGAUUUCAACCAAAAGAGUCAGUCAGCAAGUAACUGGGCAACUACAUCAGCUUCAAGAUGAUAGCAGCAUAAGUGAAGCACUUCCAGAGGAAGGAAGUAUGAUGGAUAUAACAAAAAGUAAAAAUAAAGGACAGAUUUCAAUCCAAAGAGUCAGUCAGCAUAUCAUUGAGAAGCUUCAUCAGCUAGAGGAUGAUAGCAGUUUGAGUGAAGUAUGUCUGAAAGAAGAAAGAUUUUGUUUAAAGCAAGAGGAAGAAAAGUGGAUAUAUGCUGAAAUGUUGAAAACCCAAGAACAGUUAAGAAAGAAAGAGCUGCAAUAUUGUAAACUGUUGGAGGAGAAACAGCAACUUGAGUUUAUGCUGAGAAGUAUGAAAAUGGAAUUGAAAAUACUGAAAAACCACCUGAAACAGCUGCAAGGGACAGAAGAGCAGUAUCUUCAAUCAAAAAGACACAUUCAUGACUUAAGAAAUGCUUUGGACGCUAAGGAACAUGAAAUAAAUGUGACUUCUCAGAAGUUACAAGACCUUUUAGUAGCAUUUUCAGAAGUAAAUAAUACUAUAAAACAAUUAGAGGAGCACAUUCAGAGGCUUGAAACUGAAAAUGGCAGAUUGGAAGAAACCACCAACCAGCAAGUUAAAAAAAUUUCGACACUUCAGAAGGACCUGCAGGACAGUGUCACUGCUCUCAACCAUCUUGAAGAAGUGAUAACUGGUCUACAAAGAGAAAAAAUCAAUCUGGAAGAACAACUAAAUCAACAGGCCCAGAAGCAAUUCUCAGUAACUGCACAAGACUCUCACAACAUAUGGGAAGAAGAACUGAAGUCACCAAGUCACUUUUCAGAGCUUGAUAGGGAAAAGAAAGAACUAGUGACUCAGUUUGAAAAUGAAAGGGAAAAAGUGAAGAAACUGGAAGAGUUCAAACAAUCAAUAGAAAUACGACUGGAUCAAGAAAUGAAGAGAAACAUCGAAUUACAAAAUAAAUAUAAUGGCAUUAAAAUACUUCUAAAAAUAACAAAAAAGAAACUAAAAGAACAGGAGAAUGGAGAGAGUUCAUCACAAACGAGAUGUCAUGGAGACAGAAAGAACAAGUAUUUAGAAAUUGAUGCUGAAAAAGGACAGCUAAGAAAAGAGAAGUCAUUUAUGUGUCCACUGCACCUGAAAGAAGAAACACCCAAACGGGAUGAUGUGAUAGACCUCAGACAAAUGCAACAAUAUAAGAAAGACAUUGAAGAGCAAGCGAAAGAAGAAGUUAAAAAAAAGCUGGAAGAAGUCAAUUUGUUUUUGCAGACCCAGGCAUCCUCCCAAGAAACCUUGGAAAAAAUAAGGGUGGCUAAUAAUGCUUCCUUGAUAAAUCAGAUGGAAAGCAUAAUUGGAGAUCUACAAUCUGAACGCAGCAAGCUGAAAAGCAGACUGCAAGAGUGUCUCUUACAAAACGAGGCCAUGCAAACGGAAUUGAAAAAGUACAAGGAUUUGUACUUGGAAGAACUAAAAAGGAGGAAAUCGUUGGGAAGCAAAUUGGUUCGGUCUAAUGAGAAGUUAGCAGAAGUAAAAAUCAAGCUCUUUCAUGAGCGCCACAAGAGCAAGUCAUUACUUGCCAACAGCUUUUUAAGUGGAAGCAUUUCUGCAAGUCCCAUCUUGGAAACUGGUCAGCUUGGAAAUCUUGGCAAUAAUGUAGCAUUAAGCAGACCUUGUAUCCCUGCAGCAGGAUUCAGAAACCCAACUGAAAGUCCAUUAGCCUCUAAAAGAAGAGUGGAGGCUUACUUGGCAGAGAUGCAAACGGAAAUAGAAAAAAACAUCAGGAGAGAAUUAGACCAAGCUAAAAAUGAACUUGAUGCUGAAUUUGGAAGAGUUUGCCCUGUAGGAUCAUUCGAUGGAUCUUCAAAAAACUUAAAUGUGGAACAAGAUCCAGUAUCCAACACUGCACAGGAGUAUUGUGAUGUACUAAUCAAAAACUAUAUGCUUUGAAUAAUAUCUAAUAAAAACGUAUAGAUGUUACUUUGAUACAUAACUUUAUCCAUUCCUGUGGUGUUCGCCCCUCGUGGCCCCUGCCUGACUCCCCAAACACA